CAGCCACCGCCUUGGGGGGUCUCGCUUUACACGUAGAACGCGCAGAAGCAAAUUCCAGAGAGGAGGGAGAUUCAAUCGAAAGCUCUGAAAAAGACGACAAUGGGGUUUCCGAUGGGAUACACCGAUUUAUUCCUCCCCAAAUUGCUGGUGUACCUUCUGACGGUGCUCGGAUUCGUACGGAAGCUUGUGCACGGCGGGUUCGCCGUUCUAGGGCUGAGCGAUUUUCUGGAGGCGGAGACGGCGGCGUAUCCGGCGAGGGGGGCGGAGUCGGCGUCGCCGGAGCCGCGGUCGGUGUCGGCGGCGCUGAUCAGGGAGCUGCUGCCGGUGGUGAAGUUCGCGGAUUUGGGGGAUGACGUGGAGCCGCCGGAGAGCUGCGCGGUUUGCCUGUACGAAUUCGCGGCGGAGGACGAGAUCCGGCGGCUCGCGAACUGCCGGCAUAUAUUUCAUCGGAGCUGUGUGGACCGUUGGAUGGACCACGAUCAGAAGACGUGUCCGCUCUGCCGGACGCACUUCAUACCGGAGGAUAUGCAGGAGAGCUUCAACGAGCGGUUAUGGAUGGCGUCGGGGAUUUCAGAUUUCUACGGCGAGUAUACGCCGAUUGCUGCUGGUUUAUAGUCCGCCAUUUUUGUAGAAUUAAGGUCUUUUUUUUUUUUUGGUGGGGGGGGGGGGGUGUGG